CAAUGGCAAAGAAGCAGUAGACCUCUUGCGUCUGUAAGCCCUUUCCUGUCCCCACUUCUCCAUUAUCUCUGAUUACCUCAUCAGUUACAGACACGAUGAUGGCCUUCCCCAUUGUGUCCUGGGUGUUCCUCUCCUGCCUGAUGUUCCUGUGUCACACCCAAGGUGAUGAGUCCCAGAAGGAACAGUCCUCCCCACGGAUCAACUGUCCUACAGGCUCCAAGCUUUAUGCUUCACAUUGCUAUGCUUUGUUUCUGACACCAAAAUCCUGGAUGGAGGCAGAGCUGAACUGUCAGAAGCAGCCCUCAGGACACCUGGUAUCUGUGCUCAAUGGGUUUGAGGCCACCUUUGUGGCCACCCUGAUAAAGAGCAGUGCCAACAGUUACAGUUACUUCUGGAUGGGACUGCAUGACAACUCAGAGGGUCAAGAAUCCAAUUUAUCUGGAUGGAAAUGGAGUAAUAAUGAUUUUACAAAUUACAAUGCUUGGGAAAAAACUCCUCCCACCACUUCAAACUCCUUCUGUGGGACCUUAACACGAAACUCAGGAUUUAAGAAGUGGAAAGAUUAUAACUGUGAUUCAGCAUUACCCUAUGUCUGCAAGUUCAAAAGCUAAGUCACAUGGGAAGUCCACAGGCUGAGUUUGGGCCAAGAGACCUAGUAAAAGGAAAGAAACUCUGAAGACUUCUCAUUCGAAGGAAUGUCUCCUCCACAUGACCAAACCUAACCACCUGAUCUGGACAUACUCUUUCCCCACCUCAUGUAAUCAUGUAUACUCCAUGACCUGAGUUU